AUGGUUAACCUCAGUCGAAUUCAGCAAGCAGAAAUAACAAGUUAUAUAACCAGAAGUGGUUUAAUAAUCGAUGAUCGAUGUAUUAUUACAGCAGCUCAUCGUUUUAAUCUAUUAAUAGAAGAAGAAGAUGUACUUGUACCAUGGAAACGUAAUAAUCAUUUGGGUAUGGAUUCCAUUGGAUUACAACCAAAUGAUAUUUAUUGGGAUGAUGAUAGGGAUGUUACAGUUUUGAAAAUUUGCAGAUUUGAACCAAUAAAAGAUAUGUCAAUGUUGGCAAACAAAUAG